AUGUCUCCACCAACUAGCAAAAACGAAACACAAGCUUUCCCAGGUGUUGUGGGUUUUUGGAGAAUGCACAUUGCAAAUUACAGUAUGAUUGUAAGUCCUCUCUACCAUGUGACACAGAAGAAAAAUGAUUUUGAAUGGGGUCCUGAACAGCAACAAAGUUUUGAACAAAUUAAACAGGAGAUUGUUCAUGCAAUGGCGCUUGGGCCAGUCUGGAUAGGACCAGAUGUUAAAAAUGUGCUCUACACCACAGCUGGGGAGAAUGGCCCUACUUGGAGUCUUUGGCAGAGAGCACCUGGGGAGACCCGAGGCCGACCCCUUGCGUUCUGGAGUUGGGGAUACAGAGGAUCUGAGGCCCGAUACACUCCAACUGAGAAGGAGAUACUGGCAGCAUAUGAAGGAGUUCAAGCUGCGUCAGAAGUGAUUGGUACGGAAACACAACUUCUCUUACCACCUCGACUGCCAGUGCUGGGCUGGAUGUUCAAAGGGAGGGCCUCCUCCACACAUCAUGCAACUGAUGCUACAUGGAGUAAGUGGAUCUCACUGAUCACACAAGGAGCUUGUGUAAGAAAUUCUAUCUGCCCUGGAAUUCUGGAAUUGAUCACGAACUGGCCAGAGUGUGAAGACAGUGAAAUAUCACCAGAGAAGGAGACGACACGUGCUGAAGAGGCCCCAUCGUACGAGGAACUUCCAGAAGACGAGAAGCGCAUGAGUAUUGCGUAAUUAUGUGACUCCAGGACAUGGCACCUGUGGAAAACGUCAAAGGUAGUGAGAUGUGGCAGCACUGCCCUGAUGCUGCUCAUCUUUCUCAGGGAGCCCCUUGAACAAUUUUUUGGAAGAACUAUGAUUAAGAAUUAUAAAGCAAUUGUUUUUCUCUGUAAAGUAAAAAAGAAUAAGAGGUUCUAUUUGGUUAUGUAGUUCACCUACACUAUCUACUACUGUUCAAUAAAUAUCUUUGAAAUGUACUAACAAUAUCAUAUUAAUACUAAAGACCGUCUGCUUGAGCUGUAACACUUCCUCUGAUGCCUGAUAUGUAGUGGGCUCAUCUGUUUGCACUUAGCACAAACACUUCCUAAAGAGGCAAAAUAGAUGCACCAGUUAGCUGUCUGGUACUGUUUUGUUUGGAAGUUUUCUGUUCUGCAGUCAAGCUUUUUUAUUUUGCUAAAAGAUAUAAGCUGUCUGAGCUGGAAAGUGCUCCAGCCCAAAUCCAUUUUGCUGUUGUAAUGGUAAAUGCUGGAUCAGAUUUGCUUUUCGUAUUGAGUGCAAUACAUCAUUUUGGCAAAGCAGGUAGCUAGGUACUUUAGAAGCAGCAAUACCUACCACAACAGUAAACCAAAUGUUUCUUUAGAAAACACUUGAAAAGAUAAGUGAAUAAACUCUUAUCAGAUUCUUAGCUCUGAGUAGAGGCAGGUGCUUUAAAACUAAGCUAUUCAUAGAUUUAAUGCAGUUACAGUGGUGACUUGCUCCAUGGAGAGAAAAGGGGUGUAUAACUUUUGCUGAUACGACUAUGUUCAUGGGACAAAAGCUUGAUUUGCUUCUUUGCUAGAAAAUUCAACUCCUCUCCCUCCUCUUUGCCAGUAAAAGACUUCAGCUUGGGCAAAGUUUCCCUGAAGGAUGGAGAAGGAUUCACUUGAAUGGAGUUGUAGAGUACAAAGGGACCAUUUCUGUCUGCCACAGAAGCUGCUGACCUCCAUCCCCUCUGUUGGGGCAGCUCAUGCCCUGUGAGUCUUCCAGUAACUGUGUGCAUAGAAGAGGAUAGACUGGAAAAUAGUUUUUGCCAUUCUACCUUCUUUUCCAAAUGAUGUUCAUAAAACAAGGUCACUCACACCAGCAGCCAGUGUGGCACCAGGAGCUACACACAAGCAGCAAGUCCUGUGGCACAGAACUCCUUGAGCUGUAGAUGGGAUCAUGCCAUGGGCUUUAGCACAGUCUUACAGCACCUCUGAGAAGAACUGUCCAGCCACCUCAACCCUCUUCUGCCAAACUGGGCCUGCUCCCCAGCCCUCCUUUUCUCCAUGGCAGACAGCAGCACUGAAACACAAUUGGUUUUUUGCCCCAGAGAUCUUAUUUUUUAAAUAAACACAGCAUCUAUAUUUCUGAGUGUAGUUGCAGUACCACAUAAUCCACCCCAGGAUGGUAUCUCAAAAAUAAACUGUUUUUAGAAAAUGAAAUAGCAUAUGAUGUUGUUUCUUUGGUUAUGUGCUAUACUUCUAUUAAAAUAUACUCAAGUGUAUGGGGAGCAAAAAGAAAAAGCAUAAAUUCAUAUACAAUUCUUUUCAGCUGCAAACAGUGGCAGGUAUACGCAAAACAUUUCUCAAAAUAUCCCUCUUCUAUCACACUGAAAACUAAAUUUCUCAGUUAUACUCAUCAUAUAACUUAACAGACACAAAUAUAGCCUGCUUUUUAUAUAGAUAUGCAGAAAAUCUGUCACCAUUGUUUGAUUCCCUACCAAUAGGAUUUAACUUUUAACUUCUGCUUUUAAAUUCAGUCCUAAUGUAGCUACACUGUAUGUAUAUAUUCCUUCAGUAAUUAAUGUGUAUUUUCUCCAAGCAAGAUAUGUUUCCAGACUGUAUUGCUUGAAUAUUAAUCCAUUGGUAUACAGAAUUACAAUGUGCCUGUGUUUUCUGAGUAUUAUAACUGUGAAAAUAAAGAGCAUAUC